AUGUCUGAGAAACGAUUCAAACGGCCGAGUAUAGCGAACGGCGGCGAUGGGUUGAUAUUGUACUGCAAUCAGUAUAGCUAUUAUUGUCAAAAAGUAUUGCAGGCACUGCAUGAGAAAGGGAUCCGAUUCACCAAGUACGAGAUAGAUGUCACAAAUGAUGAGCACCUUUCGGAAUGGUUCCUCGAACUAAACCCGCGCGCUGAACUUCCAGUAUUGCAGAACGGUCUUCUGAUCGUGCCUGGAUCUGCCCGUAUACUAGACUAUUUUGAAGAAAAUUUUCCGAAAAGUAAAUCUUUGCGCGUGCCCAUUGGAGUGGAUAAACAAGUAGUCGGAUUUCGGCAGACAAUCGAAAGGUUGCCGAUCGGUAUAAUCACAAUCGGAUCGUUCCUUCACACGCAGCACACGGCCAGCCCAAAGUUUCCGUUCGUGCUCCCCGUUCGCCAAACCAUACUCGCGCGCGAGGAAACACUGUCCCAACGGUUGCGCUCGUACGCAUCGGACUAUCCUGCUUUUGCCGAGGGUCUGUUAAAAAAAGCGGAUUUCCAUGAGCGCAAACGAAGCAUCAUCGCAGGUGAGGAGUAUUUUUGCAAGCUUUUGGAGGCGCUAGACGAGUUCUUGACCGAGGUCGAAAAGUACCUCACUACUAUCGAUAUCGAACAAUGCUGGUUGUGCGGUACGGACUCGUUCACCGUUGUCGACAUCGGACUCGGCACGCUGUUAUAUCGAUUGUAUGUGCUAGGGUUGGCUGACCGCUACUGGGGUGAGCUCAAGAGACCGCAAGUAGAGCGGUACUUUGCAAAAGCUUGUGAACGGGGAUCUUUCCAAAGUGUGCUACCGUCGAAGGUAUCGAUUUUACGCACGGUCUGGAUAAAUACACCCCCGAUGUACAAAGCAGGAUUGGCGGCUGUAUCUUCCGUUCUGAUUAGUUCCACAUUACUGAAGCGUUGAUUUGAUUUUGAUACCCAUCAGCUAGUAUUAAACAAAAUUUUUGAGUCUGGAUUUAAAGCGUAUUCCAAGCAAGUAAUUACAACACUAAUAAAGAAAA